AUGCCAAGACCCUUGAUUAUAAACGUACAGUCCCAAAGAAGACCUUACCAUUCCGGACCAAACGUGGAAUCAUUAGAACACUAUACCAACGAUGAUAUUGAAAUUUAUCACAGAGGGGCUCACGUGAACAGAAGUGAACACAAUAUACCAGACCAUCGUCGUCGUGGAAAAAAAUCCAAAUAUGCGCACCCUGAAAAGGAAACGCAGGAACCACCACGUAGGUAUCGUGAGCAUAAUAGGGCGGAAAAGAGUACCAUUACAAGAUCGAAAUCGUUAGCCGAUCUCAAAAGAAAUCGCCGUCCACAUGGGCAUGAAGAUGAAAGUUCCAGAAUGUACCAAAGAAGACACAGUAACACAGAAGCGCAUCCUAAAAUGUUUGACUUUAGGGAAACAUUUUCAAAGUUCGAAAACUUGACCACCGAAUCCCAGAAUGGUAAUAUUGAAAGGGAAUUUCAAACUGUUAGCUCUCCAAGGACCAGGGGAAGAUCAACAGUAGAUCAAGAAGCCUCUGAUUUAAGAGAAAUUGAUCAAAUAAAAUCAAGAGCUAGACUCUUGGUUCAAGAAGCUCGUCAGUUUGGUCGAAGGGAUAAACAGAACUACUUAGAGUGGCAAGAUGAAGUGAUACAGUUGCUCAAGAAAAUUGGAGAAGUCGAUAAUAGGAACAGCGAAGCAGUCCAGAAAGAAAAGCAAAAGACAUUAAGAAUUUUUAAACAAAGCUACCCAUCACCAGAUGUUGCAAGGGUUGAAAAAGUGAAAACCACCACUGUACAGAAUGGUUUAUCCGAGAGCAAAGUAAAUGUUUACAGCGAAGUUGAUCCCCCAAUUGUAAAAGUUUCCCAGUUGAGGAAUAUGUACGAAUCCAAGCAUUGGGACGAAGAUCCCAAACCAGUUCCAACCUACAGAGAAACGAAAUAUUAUUCUGAACUUCAUAAUUCCAGCAAGCAGUCACACGAACUAGUUAAACAACAAAAUUUUGAUGACAGUGAGUACACUUCUUCGUCAAGAUAUUCCUAUUCAUCUUCUUCCGGUUCUGAUGAAGAUAAGCCAUUAUACGAGACACACGAAGGUGAAAUUCAUGAAGUAGAACCUCCUCGAGAAAGAAACGUAGAAGAAUCCCACAUAGCUAAAGUGCGAGAUUUAAGGAGUGUUUUUGAAAGAGAUAAUUAUCAACCAGAUGAAGAACUACUCCCUACUAACACUAGCAGUAAACUGCCUGUUCAAAUCGCUAGAAUGCCUGUAGAAUCAGCUCAAAAAAUUGAAGAAAGAGAAAAACCAUCUGACGAAGAAAUACCUUCUACUAAACUGCCUACUCAUAUUGUCACAAGGCCUUCAAAAUGGUUUAAAAAAACUGAAGAAGACGAAGAAGAAGAAGUACCACAAGAAGAAUCUUCAGGAGUAUAUAGAGUAGACGAUGAUGGAUUCAUUGUAGAACCUAAUGAUGGCACACCAAGAAGAGUAAGAGACACGUUAAAGGACGAACAGAUUGUCCAUUCCGUCACAGUUAAAGAACUCAAAAAUGUUUUUGAGGGAAAUGGACCUUCUCAAAAUCCAGAAGUCCAAACCGCAACCAUGCAAAUUGCACAUGAACAAAAAUAUAUUCCUUAUGAAGAAUAUGACAAUAAUAUGCAGCAAACAGUAGUAAUCACCGAUUUAAAUAAUGAAGAAAACGAUGAAGAAAAUCCUGUUGAUACAUCGCAUAUAGCUAAAGUGAAAGAACUGAAAGAUGCGAUUGAAAAGAACGAAGAUAAUUCUCAAAAUACUACUAAAAUCAAUCAGGUACGAUACCAAGUAGUUUAUAGAGUUAAGCACCAACCAUUGGUAGAAAAUGAAGAGUCCGAAAGGGUUGUUAUUUCUGAAUUGACAACCACAAACGGUGAAGUUGCAGAGGAAGAUGCCAAUGAAGAUAACGCUCAAAAUACGACCGAAGAAAAUCAGGUAAGAUACCAAGUAGUUUAUGGAAUUAAACAUCAACCAUUGGUAGAAAACGAAGAGUCCGAAAGUGUUGUUAUUUCUGAGUUAACAACCACAAACGAUGAAAUUGCUGUGGAAGAUGCCCAUGAAGAUUCUUCAAGCAAUAAAGAUGAGAUUUUAGAAUAUGGGACUAAGUUAGAAGUCGCAUUAAAACCUGACGAUUCAAAAGAAGAAUCACCAGAGAUUGUGGAGGAUAUAAAACAUAAUGUUGUAGUAAAAGAGACCGAACUUACUGACCAAGAAAAACUGUUGAUUUCGAAGAAAGUUCUCGAUGAAAUUAAUGAAGAUAUCCAUUCAUAUGGAAAAGAAAUAAACAAUUUGGAUGGUGAAGAUGAAAAGAAAAGGAUGUUUCUAAACGAAAUGCUACUACGAAGUGUUAUCCAAUUGGAAAAUCUUGAAACACAGGAAAACGAAGAACUUAUACGAGAAAGAAAGGAAGCUUUGUUAUUUCUUGAGAGCUCUCUCUAG